AUGCCGGUCUCGACUACACGUCGGCCUCACGCCAAAUCCCGCCUUGGUUGUGCGCAAUGUAAAGCGCGAAGGGUAAAGUGUGAUCAAGCAGCUCCCGCGUGCUCCGCGUGCGUGCGUCGUAAGCAGGUCUGCUCGCUCACCGAAGUCCAUCUGCACAUCGCCCGGUCCAACGGCAAUACUGUCGAAACAACGCCCUCUCAGUCCAGUCUGGGCUCUCCUAGGAACAGAUCUUACUCAAGCUCAGCCAUCCAGUCCUGCCCGACUUUGUUCUCAAGCAUCGAUCUGGAACUGACGCAUUUCUACGCGACACAAACAUGUAGCACGCUCAUGUUGCGUCCCCAAGCAGCGGCUCUUUGGAAGGACGAUCUCUUCGACAUGGCCCUCGAACACCCAGCCUUCCUUGACGCGCUACUUGCGACAGCCGCGAUGCACAAGCUCGUCUUGGGUGUCUGCUCUGCGAAACAUGAUGCCUACACAGAGUUCGUCAAGCGCAAAGGCUCCCAGCUGAUCCCCUACUUGCUAUCCAUGCUGGAAUCGCCCUCAGAAGAGAAUUGUGUGUUGCUAUUCGCCAGCUCUAUUCUUCUAACCAUAUGGGCCUUUGCCUCCGUCCAUUUGCCCUUGGAUGCAAACCUUUUCGCCGCCUCGAGCUUCCCUGGCAGCGAUGCGUCCUCAUGCCAGAACGCGGAGCGCCAGCUGAGCGGCAGACGGACGCCCAAACUAGAUGACCUUCUCACUGCAAUAAACAUCUCCUCGGGGACCCGUGUAGUAGCUAAGGAUAUGGCGUAUGCAGUCAAGAAGCGCGGUUUCGCCGCUUUGGUCGCCUCGCCAGACUACAACAUCCUUCCUCCCGUUCCUGCGGACAUACACACCGCUCUUGACUGCCUUUCAGUGCAUUGGAAAGCCACAGUAUCAUCGUUCCAACGUGCUGAAAUCUACCAGCUCCAGACGGACCGUCUUCACGAGAUCUUUCGGGUCGCACAGUGUCCUGAAUGGCACGACAUGAUAUUUGGCUUCGCUGCCCGGUUUACGAAGGACAUGAUAUGCUUGCUCGAGCAAAAAGACCCAUGUGCUCUUGUCAUAGUGGCGUAUUGGACGGCCUUGUUGAGAGGCGUGGAGGGAGUAUGCUGGUGGCUUAAGGCAUGGUCCAAAGAGCUUUACACGGAAAUCAAAAGCAUGCUGGAUGUGGAAUGGAGAGCCCAUCUGGAGGUGCUCAGCAUAUAUUUCACGUGA